AUGACGGGAAGCACAAAUCUAUUGCAUAUCAGCAGUAACCAUGCAUUAGAGGAAGGUUCUUUACUCUUACCACGCGACAUUUUCCUCAGUCAGGUAAAGUUCGAAGCUUAUAUGCACAGGUACUCAAUAAUUGCGUUAUUGCUCUGCAACGUUCUUUUAUUCGGGGGUUGGCUGAUUUGGGACAAGGUUAGAAUGAUAUAUUAUUUUCCUUUGAACAUUUUACUAAUAACACUGUUCUCGGUUCGAGAUAGUAGAUUUUUUAAAGGGGUGUUCAAAUCGACCUCGAACAAGAUGGAAUUCUUGGAACAGAUUGUUGCAAAUAAACCUGGUACGUGCUUACCACUGUGGGAUUCAAUUGCAGUGAAACUCAACAGAUACUUUUUCGCAAACGGUUCAACAUCGUCACUUUAUUUUUUUUAUGAUGGUGAGAACUGCUUGAAAGCAUUUAGGAGACUUUACCUUUUGCCUUAUUUGAAUAAUGUCACUGAGGAGGACAAAAAUAAAUCCAUAUGCGUAGAUCACCGUGAUAAGGUCGAGCAAAUUGUUCAUGAAGCCAUGGUCGUAUAUCAGGAAGGUUUAAGAAAACAGUGGUCAAGCAACACUCUGGGGUACUCUGAUAAAGAAACAUCGACUCCUUCCCACUUUCAUUUAACCAGCUUGCCAAGCAAUAUCUUUGAGAAUAAGCUCAAGUAUUAUUGGAAGACAAACAAGGUGUGCGCUUGGAAUUUUGUCGCGGAUGUAUCAUUUUUACCGUCAACGUACAGAUGUGGUCAAGUUUAUUUUGUACUGCAGCUCAUUUUCAUGGUCUUUUCUAUUUAUAUGUUCAUGGCCUCAAAGAACGAAGUCAUGACAAUAUCCAAGAGAUUUAUAUUUUUGCAGGAAGUUGAUAAUCACGCUCAUAUCAUUGAAGAUGACGGGUGGGACUUAGUUGCUGUAAGGAUGAACGAGCAUUUGAGCAACGGUGAAAAGUCAGCCCCGUAUUUUUUUUAUGACGGUAAUGCAUGUUUUUCAUACUUUCGGACUAUAUUUGGCAUUGAUCAGGGAAACAGAAUCAAAAAUUUCAAGAACCGACUACUAGGUCUAAAAAUUCAACAACCAGAGCUGGAACCGUAUGUCAAUCAAGUUGUUGAACGAUUAGGAGAUGCCAUAUAA